GAUGAGACCCCCGCAGAAGUUUCGAUCUUCGUCGACAAUGGCAGCAGCCUCAACGGUGUCACGGAAGCGUUAGCCGAGCGACUACAAUUGGAAAUCACGGAGCAUCCCGACGACAUGAUGACAGUUCGUCUGGGAUACAACCAAACCGUGCAAAGACCAAGACGUACCACUUUUACAGUCAUGCCUGUUCCAGAAGACAAGGACGUGCUCGUCGGAAUGAAGUGGCUUCGGGAGAAUAACCCUGACAUCGACUGGGAACGCUUACUAUUGCGUCCA